GCUUGAAUUGAUAUUAUGGCUCAUCUAUCUGACGCUGAUAGUCGACUCACUUACUCAGAAUGUGACCAUUGCUCCUUCUACAAACACACUGACCAUGACUUCAGCUAAUGCAUCCCACAUUGGCCGAGUGUGCACAACUUGGGGAUACUAUCACUUCAAGACUUUUGAUGGCGAUUUCUUCCAGCUGAAUUCAAGUUGUAACCAUGUCCUUGCAAUGCAAUGCAAGGGCAGCUAUGAAAACUUUAAUAUCCAGAUGCGGCGGAGCUUAGUCAACAACAUCCCCACAAUCAGCAAAAUCAUCAUGAUGCUGGAAGGAUCUGAGGUGGAGCUCUCUAACAACUCUGUGCUUGUCAAUGGGAAGAUGGAAUCUCUGCCGUUCAGUAAAUCAGGAGUGACUGUCAAAGGGACCGCAUCUAGUAUCUCUGUUGAAGCUAAUCUGGGAAUAAAGGCAAUCUGGAACCUGGACGACUCCCUUGAUAUUGAAAUAGAUGAGAAAUAUCGGACUCAGACAUGUGGACUGUGUGGAAACUUUGAUGGCAUAUCCAAUGAAUUCCUGAAUGGUGGAACUCCACUGUCUGUGGUGGACUAUGCUGAGACCUGGAAGAUAAAUGGCCCCACCGAGCAGUGUAAGGAGACUGACGUUAACCCAGUCCCGAGCUGUGGUGAUAAGCAAUUCUGUGACCAGACCUUCUCCAGUGAUCCCUUUGUUGAUUGCCAAAACAUUCUUGACGUGGAAUCCUUUAGUAAAGCCUGUAUGGUGGACACGUGCAACUCUACAGACAACACUACUUUGGUCCUCUGUAAAACACUUUCAGAGUUCUCCAGACAUGUAUGUGAAAGCGGUCAGUGGAGUUGUACAGAGACGAACUGUCCAGGAAUCUGUUCUGUCGAAGGAGGAGCUCAUAUUAACACAUUUGAUGGAAAAGUCUACACAUUUCAUGGCGAUUGUUCCUAUGUUCUCGCUAAGGACAGUAAUGGUUUGUCCUACACUGUGCUGGUGGAUCUUGUCAAGUGCGGACUAAGUGACACAAAGACUUGCCUCAGAACUGUAACUUUGGCCUUAGGCAGUAAUUCUGUGGUUGUUAAAGUUCAGGCAUCCGGGCAGGUCUAUGUGAACCAGAUUCAUUCUCAGCUUCCACUGUUUACAGCUGAUCUGAGGGUCUUUAAACCAUCUUCCUUCUACAUCCUUGUAAGCACCACAGUGGGCAUACAACUGAUGAUUCAGCUGUCUCCCAUAAUGCAGGUGUUCAUUUCCGCUGACAAGUCACUCACAGGAACCACCUCUGGUUUAUGUGGAAACUUCAACGACAUAAUGAGUGAUGACUUUAGAGUGACCAAUGGGCUGGUGGAAGGCACUGCUGCUGCAUUUGCCAACGCAUGGAAAACCAGAGCCAGCUGCCCAGACAUUAUAUCACAUUUUGGAGACCCUUGUAAUAACAACAUCCUCACAGAGAAAUAUGCUGAUUUCUGGUGUUCCAAAUUAACUGAUCCCGAGGGAGUGUUUGCUCCCUGCCACGCUGUCGUUAGCCCCAGCACAUAUAAAGAUAACUGUAUGUAUGACACCUGUAACUGUGAAAAAAGUGAGGACUGCAUGUGUGCUGCAGUUUCCUCAUAUGUCUAUGCCUGCUCAGCAGCAGGAGUCCACAUCACUGGCUGGAGGAAAACCAUCUGUGGUUUACCAUUAGGUUCACCACAAUGCGAAUGCCCCAUGGUGUACUUUGACUGCUCCACUGCUCAACCUGGGGCUACUGGCACUGAAUGUCAAAAGAGCUGCAGCACCGCUGACAUGGCUUGUAUCCACACAGGCUGUACAUCAGGCUGCAUAUGCCCAGAUGGUCUGUUGUCAGAUGGAGCAGGAGGCUGUGUCAAUGAGACCAGCUGUCCAUGUGUACACAAUGGACAAGUCUACCAGCCUGGAGAGACACUGACAGUAGAUUGCAAUACCUGUUCCUGCAGUGGAAGGAAGUUCACAUGUACCAACAAGACGUGUGAUGCUGUUUGUGGAAUCUAUGGAGACGGUCACUACAUCACCUUUGACGAUAAGAGGUUCGACUUCAGUGGACAGUGUGAAUACACACUUCUACAAGACUUCUGUGGCACCUGUAAUGGGAAUGGAAGCUUCAGAAUUAUUACUGAAAAUGUUCCAUGUGGAACCACAGGAACCACCUGCUCUAAGACCAUCAAGAUCUUCUUGGGGGAUAAUGAAUUCCAGCUUAAAGAUGACAACUUACAAGUGGUAAAGGGCACUAUCCAGGUGCUUCAGGUACAAAAAAUGGGCGUUUACAUAGUGGUGACAAUCAAGCCUGGACUUGUUCUCAUGUGGGACCAGAGGACCAGUCUUUUUAUUACAAUCAGUCCACAGUUCCAGGGUCAGGUCUGUGGUCUGUGUGGAAACUAUGAUGGUAACAGUAAGAAUGACUUCACCACACGCUCCCAGGAAAUAGUAGCUGAUGUUCUACAAUUUGGUAACAGCUGGAAAGUUUCAUCUAGUUGCCCCAAUGCAGAGCUAAUCAUUGAUCCCUGUGCCUCUAAUCGCUACCGGGAAGCCUGGUCUCAAAAACAGUGCAGUAUCAUCACAAGUGUCACCUUCCAGAGCUGUCAUUCAAAGGUUGACCCUGGUCCAUAUUUUGAUUCCUGUGUGAGAGACUCCUGUGCUUGUGACACUGGUGGGGACUGCGAAUGUCUCUGUACUGCUGUGGCUGCAUAUGCCAAAGCCUGUAAUGAAGCUGGGACCUGCAUUGCAUGGAGGACUCCAAAGUUUUGUCCUAUUUUCUGUGACUACUAUAAUUCACCUGGUGAAUGUGAGUGGCACUACAAGCCUUGUGGAGCUAAUUGCAUGAAAACAUGUAGGAAUCCAUCUGGAAACUGCUCCUCACUUAUCACCAACCUGGAAGGCUGCUAUCCACAAUGUCCAUCAAACCAACCCUACUUUGAUGAAGACACUAUGAAGUGCGUUGCCGGGGACCAGUGUGGAUGCUAUGAUGACCAAGGCAACCAUUACAAUAUUGGUGAAAAAGUUCCAUCAGAGAACUGCUACACCUGCUUAUGUACAAUGUCGGGGAUACAAUGUAACUACAGCGUUAACUAUUGUAAAUGCAUCAUUAAUGGAAAAACCUACAACUAUGGGGACAAUAUCUACAACACAACUGAUGGCCUAGGAAACUGCAUCACAGCUGAGUGUGCAGAGAAUGGAAUUGUAACAAGGAGUAUAUACCCUUGCUUUAACACAACAACACCUGGGCCAACAACAACUCCAUUUACAUUUAGUACAAUUCUAAAGACCACUUCAGGUAUUUCUCAUUUCUCAAACAAAUAG